AUGUUCGAGUCCCUGGUCAGCGACCUCCUGAACCGCUUCAUUGGGGACUAUGUGGAGAACCUGGACAAGUCUCAGCUGAAGAUUGGGAUCUGGGGAGGAAAUGUGGUCCUGGAAAACCUGAAAGUCAAAGAGAACGCUCUGAGUGAGUUUGAUGUUCCCUUCAAAGUGAAAGCCGGACAGCUGGGAAAACUGACCCUGAAGAUCCCAUGGAAGAACCUGUACAGCGAACCAGUGGUGGCCACGCUGGAGGGACUCUACCUGCUGGUGGUCCCUGGAUCAACAGGAUUUGGUGAACACAAGGGCCGUCCAUCGCUGCUUGCGGGCAUAUUUGAAGUGGACAAAUCUACAGCAGUCCAUGAGUCCUCACAAAACCUGGUUCUGGUCUCGGUCCUCUGUGAGAGAGUUUAG